AUGAACUGGAAGCAGCACAACUUCGAGGGCUUCCAGGGACUGAAGGCAGGAGUCACAUCAAAGAACUUCCUGGAGGAGCUUCAGAGGGCGUUCGGGGACUCCAAUGCGGAACAAGUCGCCGCUGCUCGGCUUAUGGCCCUGCGUCAAAACAAACGGUCCUUCGCGGACUACAUCUCUGACUUUGAGAUGUUGGCCGCGGAUGCAGGCUACAAUGUGGUUGACACCACCGACGACAAAGGCGAAUACAAGAAGGGGGACCAGGAUAAUAUCCUCAUCGAGUUCCUGGAGCGCGGACUCAGCAGCGAGAUCGCCAGUCAUCUCUACAACACCGGUGUCCCUCUGCCCAAGGCCUAUGGAGCGUUCAAAGCCUGGUGCAUCAACAUCGAAGCCAAUGCUCUGCGUGACCAGCUGCGCAAAGCGUCGUAUGGGCACCCCACACAACGACCACCUCCCCAGUUCCGUCCCCAAACGGCACCAGUGACGCCCACACCCGCUCCGGCCCGACCCGCUGCCAACGAACCGGUUCCGAUGGAAAUCGAUCGUACCCACGCCCGCGGCCGCAAUAUCAUCUGCUACAACUGUCAGCAGCCCGGGCACAUUGCGCGGAACUGCCCGGAGCCCAAGAAGAAGCGCACGUUCUUCAAUCGGGCCACAAUGCUGGAAGAAAUCGAGAACGGGGACAAGGACAACGAGUUCCUGAAGGAGAUUGCCGAGAAGCUGCGCGAGAAGGGUUUUUGA